UGUAUGUUGCAAUUAAUUACAGAGCGGCGUCCAGAAACCCGAGAGUGGAGUGUUGACCCGACCCGAUCCGAACUGAGCGAGAUCUGCGAAAUUAGGGUUUUUUGUAAAUUUAAUCUAAUUCAAAUUGAAGGAAACUUGGUCAGGAGAGAGAUUAAUUAAUUGGAGAGAAAUUGAGAAAGGAUUUGAGUGUCUCAAUUAAUUAAUUUAUUAAUUGGUGGUUUUUGAGGAGAUUAUUUCUGUUAUUAUCAUGUCUGGCAGAAAGCUUGUGGUAUUGGGGAUCCCAUGGGAUGUAGAUACACAAGGUUUGAAGGAUUACAUGAGGAAAUUUGGUGAAUUGGAUGACUGUAUUGUCAUGAAGGAACGUUCAAGCGGCCGAUCUCGCGGUUUUGGAUACGUGACCUUUACAGAGGUUGAAGAUGCCAAGGCUGCACUGUUGGCAGAGCAUUUCCUUGGUAAUAGAGCGCUAGAAGUAAAAAUAGCAACUCCAAAGGAGGAAAUGAGAGCACCAUCGAAGAAAGUCACUAGGAUUUUUGUUGCUAGAAUUCCACUCUCUGUUACAGAAGCUACAUUUAGGAGUCAUUUUGAAAAGUUUGGUGAGAUAACUGAUUUAUAUAUGCCCAAGGAUCCAACUACCAAGGGGCAUCGUGGAAUUGGGUUUGUUACUUUUGCAAGUGCCGAUUCCGUGGAUGAUCUAAUGUCUGAGACCCAUGAACUGGGGGGUUCAAACGUUGUUGUCGACCGAGCAACCCCUAAGGAAGAUGAUUUCCGACCAAUUACCCGCAUGCCUCCUACCCAGAGUGGUGGAUAUGGUGCAUAUAAUGCAUAUGUUACAACUAGAUAUGCUGCAUUGGGUGCUCCUACAUCAUACGAUUAUCCAGGCUCUGCUUACGGAAGGGGGGAAUCAGCUCGGGGAAUGGGAAAGAAAAUUUUUGUUGGCAGGCUUCCUCAAGAAGCUAGUGUUGAAGACCUGCGCAUAUAUUUUGGAAGGUUUGGACGUAUCUUGGAUGUGUAUGUUCCCAAGGAUCCUAAGAGAUCUGGUCACAGGGGGUUUGGUUUUGUGACCUUUGCUGAAGAUGGAGUUGCAGAUCGUGUUUCACGAAGGUCUCAUGAGAUUUGUGGACAACAGGUUGCAAUAGAUUCAGCUACGCCUGUUGAUGAUGGUGGUUCGAGUGGAGCCUCUUUUAUGGACAAUCCUGAACCACCAGCAUAUGCAGGUUAUGGCCCAAUGCGAGCUUAUGGCAGGAUGUAUGGAAGCUUGGAUUUCGAUGAUUGGGGUUAUGGUGGCAUGAGUGGAAGUUUAGGACGCAUGGGAGGAACUGGAGGCAUGGGACGCAUGGGAGGACCUGGUGGCAUGGGACGCAUGGGAGGACCUAGUGGCAUGGGACGCAUGGCAGGAACUGGUGGCAUGGGACGCUUGGCAGGAACUGGUGGCAUGGGACGCAUGGGUGGAGACCUGGGACGCAUGAGCGGGGACUUGGGACAUAUGGAUGGAGACCUGGGGCGCAUGACCGGCGACCUGGGUCGUACGGGCGGAGACUAUGAACGCAUGAGUGGAGACUUGGGACGAACGGGAGGAAGUAUGAGCAGCAUAGGUGGAAGUUUGAGUGGAGGGAGAGCUUCACGAACAGAUUUCAGGUAUAGGCCGUAUUAGAGGUUUGGAUCUCUCCAAAGAUCAUUUUCAGUGCAUGGAUGUUGGUUAAAGUUAUGUAUAAUGUCAAUUUAUGUAUGUUGUUGAACAUUACGGAUGGAAUGUAUGCUUCUAAACUAGAAUUAUUGUUUCAGAA